CCCCUAGUUCUAUCCCACAAAUACAAAAUUGAAGAGCGAAGAAGGAGAGAGAAAGGGGAACGCAGCAGCAAAAGAGCUCAUUGAGAAGCUCCGAUCUCGCUUUUUCUCUCUCUGGAUCACAACCAUGGUGUUUCUUGAGAUUGACAUGGCAGGGAACAUCCUGAUCCCACCUGAUCAACUCGACACAAAAGGCCUCCUCCUACACAAAGCAAUAAUCCUUCGCCUACUGCAAGAUAUCGCGUCAAAAAAGUCAACCAAGGAGCAUGGAUGCUACGUUGCUGUCACUUCUCUGAACAAAAUCGGCGAAGGCAAGAUCCGAGAGCUAACUGGUGAUGUUCUGUUCCCCGUGGCCUUCAAGUGCCUUGUGCAGAAGCCGUGCAAAGGCGAGAUCUUGGUUGGAACCGUGGAUAAGAUUCUAAAGCACGGGAUAUUCCUCAAGUCUGGACCAUACGAUAGCAUUUUUCUUUCUGAGAAGAAAAUGGGAGAUUAUCAUUUUGUCGCUGGAGAAAACCCGGUGUUUAUGAAUGAGAAGCGGUCCAAAAUGGAGAAGGAUGGCAUGGUGAGGUUCAAGAUUCUAGGAUUUCGCUGGAAUGAAGUCGACAGGGCCUUUCAGGUUCUCGCAACAAUCGCGGGUGACUUCCUCGGCCCCAUCUCUGAUUUCUAGGCUUCUGCUGUAAAACUCUUGUGUAGUUAAAGACUUUAUCCUAUGUAGUUGUUUCCAUAUAGAAUGGAUGCUCCUGCAAAUUGAGCUUGGUGUUUUGGAAUUCUGUGUUAUGUGAUCCCCUUUUGUUUAGAGGGGAAGCAAGCUCAAGUUUGUACUAUGACACAUUGCAGUGCACUAAUGUUGUAGGUCUCAACUGUCUAAAAAAUGUUCUCUAAAGAUUGUUGCGUUUGCGUUGUCAAAA